AUGAUGGUUCAUUUAUACGAAGUUUGGGAUACGAUUGAUCUAUGGAGUGAUAACGCAAAGAAGAACAAUAUGGCGAUUGCUCUAAUCUUUCAAUCAGUCCCAGAGGCGCUAACACUUCAGAUAGGAGAACAUGAUACAUCGAAGAAGAUUUGGGAAGCUAUCAAAUCACCUAACCUAGGUGUUGAUCGCGUGAGAGAAGCAAGGUUACAGAUUUUGAUGUCUGAGUUCGACAAACUGAAGAUGGCAUACACAGACACGUUGGAUGACUACGCAGGAAAACUUUCAGACUUAGCAUCGAGAGCAGCCGCGUUAGGAGAGAUAACGGAAGAAUCGAAGAUGGUAAAGAAGUUUCUAAAGGGACUUCUAAGAACAAAGUUCAUUAACAUCGUAGCUUUGUUAAAACAAGUGCUGGAUCUAAAUUCAACGGGGUUCGAAGACAUUGUUGGGAGAUUGAAAACUUUCGAAGAACACAUAAAAGAAAAAACCCAAGAUGAAGAUCAAUCGAAGUUAAUGUUUGUAAAGAAUGAUACGCAAGGUCAUGGAAGCCAUAACAACUCGCGAGGAAGAGGCAUAGUAGAGGUUAUGGUGGAAGAGGAAGAGGACGAGGAAGGUCUAAUGGUUCUGAUGGUCAUAAUAAAGGAGGAGAAGCUUCGGACAAGACCAAGAAGGACUACUCUAAGGUUAAAUGCUGGAGAUGCGACAAGAUGGGGCACAUUGUGCCACAUUGUCCUACACAACCGAGAGAAGGAACAAAUCUAA